UGCGGCGGCCGUCAUCUCGGCUUUGUUGCUGUGGUCAAUAAAGUCUUAUUUUGACAUCUGGAACUCUGCUUCUUGAGCUUUAUUGACAAAUUUGAGAAGACCAUUGUUUGUUUCCACAACAAAUUGGCGUCACGAACAGGAUUGGCUUGAAGCCUGACCUUGACAAGAGCCGUAGCAGGUGAAUGCCUGGCGAACAUGCAAACAAUAAAAGACUAAUGAGGUAAGAGUAAUUUUUAUAUAUUUUUUUGUUUAAAUUAAAAUGGUGAAUUGUUUGCGUGGUUGCUAAGGUCAAACCUGUGGCGGUGAUCAAAGAAAGGGCUUCACCAAGUCGAAUCUAGAUCAUUUAAGUUAAAAUAACAGGCGUAAGAGGCUCCAGAUGUCAAAAGACGCGCAUGCGUUAGAGUAGUAAAGAGUUUUUGUGUGUGCACAAGAGGUGCACGGUGCCUAAGAGAGGCAUAAAAGCCCAUGGUUGACGCUUCCUAUGUGGGGGGGCCAAGGGAUACCAGGGAGCUGCUUGUGGGACGGUUAAGUGUGGCCCUGGUGGACCCCCACAGCGGAAGGGCUGCUCAGACGGGUGUCUGCAGACGAGAAAGAGUUAAACUGUUAGUCUUUGUCUGUCCAUUGAAUGAUGAGAGAGAAUUGUGUGUGUGCGUGCUGCGCGCUGGAUAAAUUAAGCGCUGAUUGCUUGGCUGAGAUACUAACCACAUUAACUGUACUGGGCUUUGCAUGAAGCUAAAUAUGCUGAUUUUAUAUGUUUUAUGUGACUGUUUAUGAUUGCAAUAGGUAUGAAAAACCAGUGUGAACAAUGGUAAAAUAAUAAAGAAGGCAAUAAGAUGGUGAUUGGAAUGUAAAGAGUGUAUAAAGAGAAUUAUAAGAGUUGAAAGAACAAACAAUAUUCCAAAGAACUGGCUUUGUUGGGUGUUUGUUUGGACAUCAUCCAAGUUGCCGACGAUGUGAUCCAAAUUGUGAAACACAAUUAUUGAUAAAGAAAAAGGUAAAAAGUAAAAAGUGACUGGUUUUUCGUUCCUAGAACAAAAGAGAGACCAAAGUUGGUUGGUGCUUUAUUCUCAUCUGAUCUGUGUGUGCAUGACAGAGGGAGUGGAAGCACUGAGUAGGAGUGAAGGAGUAGCUGGCUGUGUGUCCGUGCGUGCGUGUGUGUGUGUGUGUGUGUGUGUGUGUGCACGCAAGCGAGGAAACUCUGUGUGAGUGACAGAGUGAAAGUGUCUCUGUGAGUGUCAGCAAAGAAUGAAAGCAAAAGCAGAGGUGCAGGGAGGAGGAGACCAGAGCAUUGUGAGUGUGUAUUAGAGAGAAAGACAGAGAGAGUAUGCAUAUGUGUGUCUGAAUGCAUGUGUGUGUGCACACACGUGAAAGUGAGAACCUGUAUGUUGGUCUGACUUUGUGCGUGUGUAUGACAGAGAACAAAGAGAAAGUGUUGUGUGCAUGUGUGUGUAUGAGUGUAUGUACAAAAGAGAUUGUGUGUGUGUAUGCAUGUGUUUGUGUAUGGGUGACAGAUAGCGAGAGAGAGAGUUUAGUAUUAAGAAAUUACACAUUAGAUAUCAAAACAUGUGAAAAUCCUUUGCUCUCAAUUAUACUGUUAAUGAGGUCAAUAUGACCCCAAACAUUACAUGCAUAUAUGUCAUAACGGACAUCAGAAACAUUAUUAUUAAGUAAAAACAAAUUCCCAAAAUGAUCUUAUGUCAGUAGGAAAUUCAUUAAAUAUCAGGAUAAUAAUAAUAAUAAAAGAUAAAAACUAAUGAUACAUAUUUUCACCACAUAAAGUGGGUCUGGGGUCUAUGUUAUACCCCAAGCAUAACAAGGGUUAGUGUAAAUGAGACGGGGAGUGCACUGGCAUUGCAUAAAACCGGCAAGAUACUGAGACGACUGAUGACGAUGAUGAUUGUGUUGAGAAGUAGACCAUUACACAUGGACAUAUGUUGAUAGAAAUCCACCAGCAUUAAGAAAUAGAACAGCAGAUGUUGAGAUCAUUGGUUAAUCGAUUUAAAUAAAAAUAAAAAAAGAAGGAAAAAAUGGGUAAUGAAAUUGUUGUAAAUAAGAAAAAGAAAAGAAGGGGAAGAAGGGGCAGACAAAUUAUCUCAAUACAAGAAAAAAGAUUAUUAAUUGAAUUUAUGGAACCAUUAAACUUAAAAUUGUGUACAGAAGAUGAAUUGAACAUUGGAAUAUUCAGUAUAGGAGGAUUUUGUAUACAGUUAACCCCAUUUUUCACUUGCUCAAUUUGGGCAGGAGGAGUAACGGCUACAGGUCACAAAUUUCAUUUGAGGAGGCUGUGGAGUUUUGAGGCAUUUAGCUUGGGAGAAAACAUAUUUUGGACAAAAAACAAUUUGUGAUGGAAAGAACAAAAAGGCCUUGUGUUACCCUCCAAAUUACUAACUAGAAAACAUAUUGCAAUUAUUUUGAAAUAUUGACAUAUUUGAGACAAUCUGACCAAAUCCCACAAAAGUGACAAGUCCUCCGCCCAGUAAAAGUCCAGGUGGAAAUCAGGGGUCGGAUACUUUUAGUGAUCCUCGUCUGAUGAGUCUGGUGAAGAUUAGCUAUUAAUUAGGAUGCUGGGAUUAGAGAGGUAAAGCACUGAGGGAAAAAGAAAAAGAACUAAUUAAAAAUGUCAACUUCAGUGGAAUUAUUGGCUUCUAAAAUUCCAGCCUGUGAAGAGAUAAUAAGGGAACUCUCAAAAAGAUGAGUAGAGAGAACAAAGAAAUUGGCUACUAAAUGGCCAGCGGAGGGAACAUUUGAUGUGGUACAGUGUAAAGAAAUGGAGGUCUUGUUAAAAAAUUACAAGACCAAUGACAAAUCAAAAAAGAGAAAUGAAAAAAAUAGAACAGGAAUUAGGGGUAUUGACCCUGUUCAAACAAUAUGAGAAACUAGAAAAAGAGAAUAAAAAUAAUGACUCAAAAGAAGAAAGGCCACCUCCAUAUGCUCCUUCCUGCGAUCAAGAUGUAAACCAAAUGCCUUUAGUACAAGGAACGACAGAAUUUGGGAGAUUUGUAGAAGAUAUAAGUACAGAAACUGAAACAUGAGCAGAGCUGCAGAGGUGAAUUGAGGAAGAAUGGCAGACAACAGGGAAGAAAGAGACACACACAGCCAUGAGGCAGGGGCUGGAGUCACAGGGAGAGAGACUGAGAACAUCCACACCAAUGCCUCAAACAAGACAGAAAGAGAGAGAGAGGGCAGCCCACGAGGUGGAGCCAAGGCUUAAAGGAGGAGGGGCCAAGGACCAUAAUGAGGAGGAGAAAGUAGGCAGGAGAGCCUGAAGACACACCUGAAAGAACAGCAACACCUGCUGACUCUGUCCAGAAGGCGCUGGAUGAGAUGGAAGAAAGAUCCAACAAAAUGAGAGAAAGGAUCAAAGAGACAUUGGACUCAUUGAAACGAGAGCUGGAUGAACUCGAAGGUUGAUGUGAACUAAUGCAACCACACCCAAGCCCACAUGAUUAUGUCCAGCGGAAGCAGUACCAGCAAGUACCUGGGACACUGAUCAUGCAAGAUUUAGAAUACCCAGAUGACCGGUUUCAAGAUUCAUCAAGUACAAAGAUGAAGAGGAGAGGAGGAACACAGAUCAACAAGGGCAUCAAGAAGGGAUGAAGCCCCAAGAGUUGAAUGCCCAAUCCUCAUCAAGCAAGGUCAUGCCCAAUACAUACCGUGGGCUGGACAAAGACCUGGACACUUUGGUUUCCCGCCUUCCAGACAUUCCGGAAGGUGCUGGGAAAUGGAUCAGAGCAUUCGAAGAAGAAACAACUGGAAAACUUUUAGCCCUGGGUGACAUUAAAGCCCUACACGCUAAGUGCCUGGGAGCCUCCAAGAUGAAUGACAUCCUCAAGCAGUCUGGCCUGCAUCAAGCAGUAGGUGGGCCUCAAGCAGAUGGAGCCUCCUUUGACAAACAUCGACGUGACAUCUGGUUAACGUUGAGGGCUGAAUACCCAGUGCAAACUGAUCAAGGUUUCCUGAGGGGGGAGCCAAUGGGGGAUACUGAGAACCCCACCACCUACAUCCAGAAACAACUAAGAUAUUGGAAAGAAGAACUGGAAAGAGAUCCAGAGCAAGACAAAGUACUGACAGCACUCUUCAGGACCGCCAUUGUGGAAGCCAUGCCUGCAGCAGUGAAAGUGAAGCUGGAGGAUGUGGUAGGUCUGAAAUCAAAGACACACAAAGAGUUCAGAGACCAUGUGGUCCAUGCUGUGGAGCAGUACAGAAGGCAAGAACUAAAGAUGAAGAACCAGGUGCUGCAAAGAAAACUGACUCAGCUGCAGCUUGAGGAGCUGCUCAACAAGAAGAAAAAGGUUCAAGCAGUGCAGAAAGAAGAUCAUUCAGCAGUAAUGGCACCUGUCAAUACUUCAGUGCCUGUUAAUCCACCUGCACCAAUGAAUGUGCCUGCACCAGUAACUGCAACAGCACAGGCACCGUCUGCUGGAACAGUAAAUGCACCACAAGGACCAGCACCAGUUGUCAUCUAUCUCAAGCCAGAGCAGUCAAACAACAGGAAUUUGAACAGACAACAACAACGAGGAGGACGUGGCAGAGGAAGAUUUAACAACAAUCAACAGAAAGCUGGUGGCCCACCAGGAGUUUGUUGGGGAUGCAAUCAGCCUGGACACAACAGAAGAGACUGCCUCAUCAAUCCUUGGCAACAGGACCAACCAAUGGCUCCAGGAGUCAACUAUGGGACAACAACAAGUGCAAGCCCAAGCUCUAGACCCUGUCAACCCAUGGCGUGGACCUGACCAAGGUUAUUAGGGCUGCCCAGAGAAUCCUACGGGGGGAGAAAUCAGCUUCCAAUGAUAUCAUAUGAUGCUGAUCAAGAACCAAUGCUGCAAGUUAAUACCGAAGGAAAACCCAUUUUUGAUACAGGGGCUUCGUACUCAUGUUAGAAUCCAAGAUAUGCCUCGCACCUCCCCAUGUCAGGACAUUAGGAUUCUCGGGGGCAACUCAGCUACUUCAUGCCCCUGUGAGCAUAAGCCUUAAAGACACUGAAAUAAAAAUACCAAUCUUAGCCUCAGAACACACCUUGUUGGGCAGGGAUGCCAUAUGUAAACUAAAAAUGCAGAUAUGGUGUACUACAGAUGGAAUGAUGAUAGGGCAAUUAGACAAAUGAAUGUCUCAGCAUUGCAACAAGCAUGGCUAACACAUAUUGGUUAGGUGAUCUAACAGAAGAUGUAGAAAAAACUAUUAGCAAAUGGGGAAGAUACAUAAGGGAACAACUAUGUGAAUAAAGUCUGCCAAAGACUGAAUUUCAUUGUACUAUGAAGUAUGAUGAAAGCAAAGACCCAGAUUUUGAAAAAAGAUGGUUAGAAAACACAAAAGGGUUGAAAAUCCCUAUGAUAUCACAAUACAUAUAGCGAUACAACACAGCUCUGCAAGACAGAUAGGAAAAUAUUCAUUGAUGAAUGGUUUGAAGUGCCAAAUUCAGUUCCCCAUGUUACCUUGUUUGUAAAUAAAGACUGUGUUUCUAAAGAAUUAGGCCCCAUGAUGCAAAAAGCAGAAAAACAUGGUCUCAGCAUGACACAGAUGUGGGGUUAGUAAAAUCAGCUAAUCCAAUUAGAAUAGCACUUAGACAAGGAGCUACCCAGGAGACUGCAAUACCCCGUGAAACCAGAGGCAGAAGAGGGAAUCAGAAAAGACAAUUGAAGGGUUAGUGAAAGCAGGGUUAGUGCUUGCUGAAACUACUAGUUAUUGUAACACCCCAAUGUUGCCAGUAGCUAAAGCAGACAAAUCAAAAUGGUGUUUGGUGCAUGAUUUGAGAGCAGUGAAUGAGGUUGUGGAGGAUUGGCCUGCUGAAGUUCCAAAUCGACAUAUGUUGCUAACUAAUGUUCAAUCUACUGUUAAUUACUAUACCGUAAUUGAUAUCUGCUCAGUUUUUUUCAGCAUUCCCUUGGCAGAAGAAAGCAGACCUUUGUUUGCAUCCACCUACCAAGCCCCAGAUGGAUCAUUCACCAAAGCAAUGGAGAGACUGAGAACGCUGGAACAGACAUGCAUACUUGGGAUUGGUUUGAUUCACUUUUUGGGGCUUGUGGACAAUGGUUAACUAAAGUGGGCAUCAUAAUAGGAAUUGUCAUUGUUGUAUUUCUUGUGUUGUUCUGUUGUAUUGUACCUUUCAUCAGAUCAACACUGGCCAGUGCUGCAGCCAAACAGAUGAUUAAUGUGUCAGUAAUACCAACUGGAAUUGACAUUGGGUGUACCAAUACGCAUACAGUGGGACCUGGACUGGAUGAACUGGAUGACUUUGUGUAAAACCUUCCUGAAAAACAACGGAGUGGUAGGGAAGGGGUGCCUUUUAUUUUCUAUUCUUUAUUUUUAUCUUUUAUUGUCAUUUUUGAAAGAAAGGGAGUUAAUAUCUUCAUUGUAUUUUCUUUUUUAUAUUAUGUAGUAGUAAUUGAGUACUUGGAUAGAGCAGGCAGGAAGUUAGAGGGUAUUAUGUGUUUUAUUUUGGCAUAUGCCCCUUCCUGAAGUUAUUUACUCCGUAAGAGGUUUACUUUUGAAGCCAUUUAUCUUUGAAUCAUGUAUCCUAAAAAUUAUCUAUUUUAAAGAGCAUUUAUUCUUUUCAAUAAAUCAAAUGUAAAAUGUGAUUAUUGUUGGAAAGAAAAGGGACGCUGAAGGUUAUAAGCAGGUCAUUGUCCGUGUUACGAGGCAAUGCGACCAGAAAAGGGGACGAUGAAGAAAGAUUGCAUGUUUAACUAUUAUUUGAAAGCAUUCAUCAUUUAACCUUUAUUAUCAGUAUAUAGUUAGUUUCUUUUAACACUGGAAAGUCAUCACUGGAGAGAAGAAAAGGAUCGACGAGCACCUCAGUGCUUGGCAGCAUGAGUAGAUUCAACUGGAGGUUUAAAAACCCACCAUCUACUCCAACACCAGAUAGAGCUGAAGGACAAUGAGAGCUCCUCUGGCAACGAAGGACAGCAUCACCAGAUUGCGCUCUAGGCUACCGGAAAUGCCUGGAGUUCCUCUGGCAGCAUGGGAUGAACCAGUGAAUCAUUUAUUGCAUUACGUCACUUUGUUUACAUUAGUUCAGAUUUUUCAAAUCAUUUGACUAAUCAUUCAUAUACUUUACAUAACCAUGAUAACCAUGGGCAAGGCUAAGACAUUUCAUGCACAUGCUUUAAUACACAUUGCUGAUUUGUUUUGAUUCAUUGUUUAAAUGACCCCCAAGAAUGUAUAGGUAGGGAAGUGGAUUCUUUUACUCUUCUCUAGUCAAUUGUGGGGAGAGAUGUUUGGGUCCAACUUCCUCUGGAGUGCAGCAUCAUGAAGAAACCAAUUGUUAAGAGGUAAUAGAGGACCAUCAUUGGUUCAUAGAUGAAUAGAAGGAUGGGUGGACGUAUGAUGUUGCACUCUAGGUAAAGGGUUUAGUGGUGAGACUUGGUAAAGUCUCAGAGGGGGGAAUAUAUCGUGUUAUUUUACUUUAUAUUAUGAUAUUUACUCAAUAUAGUAUUAUCUUACUUAAAAUAUUAUGUAUGAUUAUAAAAGUAAUCAAUAGACUGAUCAAUAUACUGAAUUACUCAAAUACUGGAUGUCUUAGUGCAGAUUGUAAGUCUUAAGGGGCCAUCCAUUGGACAGUGUUGGUAUUUUCCAUUGUAGUGUACCAAUGAACUUGAAUAACCCAAUGAACUUUGGGUGAUUUCCAGGAUAUGACAGGUACAAGUAAACAACUUUGAUGUAUGUCUUAUGGGAACACCGCCAACCAAUGGGAAGCCGUAAAAUUAAAGUUUUUAAAAAAUGACGGAUCUGGCCAAAUUCUACCAUUAAAAGAUGGACCAGGUGGGCUGGUAAUAAAUCGUGGCAAACCAGACAGGCAUAACCAAUAAAAAACUGGAACUACCAAAUAUGGGUGGAAAAACGGGUAUAAAACGAAUGCCCCGACAGACAAAGAUUAGAUGCGGCGGCCGUCAUCUCGGCUUUGUUGCUGUGGUCAAUAAAGUCUUAUUUUGACAUC